UGGAAUACUUCAUCCCCCAGAGUUCACCGCGCUGUCGCAUCUUGACGCAUGCGCGUGGCUGCACAGUCCAGGGCCGGGUAUCAUGGCGACGUACGUGGACAUUCUGAAGAGCGAGUUUCCUGAGAUCGACUCGGAGGUGUUCAACUAUAUCACAGGUGUCCUGGACAGCGGCGGCGCAGACUUCGAGGAUGGAGAGGAGGUCUACGACGCCAUUGGAGGAGUCCUGCAGGAAGUGUCUGCUGACAGUAAAAAUGAGGACGAUGUCAGAGACAUCUGCCUCCAGAUGUUCAACACGCUCAAACUGAACAACCAUCACGGCUCUCAGAAGCAGAUGCUGCUGGACGCUCCGGUGCAGCUCUCUCAGAUCUCUGCAGACAACGUCACUACAGUACAAGAUGUUCAGGGCAUCUGGAUGAUGAAACGUGCUCAGAACACGACGGUGGACGCAAAGAAACUGGAGAAGGCCGAGGCGAAGCUGAAAGCCAAACAUGAACGCAGGAAUGAGAGGGACUCUCAGAAGGGCUCCAGCCCGCUAGUCCUGGAGGAGGCGUCAGCCAGUCAGGCUAGCAGUAAGAAGGACAAUCGAGUUGACCAAUCAGGGAAGAAUCGUAGCUACGACAUCCGCAUCGAGAACUUUGAUGUGUCGUUUGGAGAGAGGUGUUUGCUGCAGGGGGCGGAGCUGUCUCUGGCAUUUGGCCGGCGGUACGGUCUGAUUGGUAGGAACGGUCUGGGGAAGACGACAUUGCUGAAGAUGUUGGCGAGUCGUAACCUACGCGUCCCGGCUCACAUCUCCAUCCUCCACGUGGAACAGGAAGUGGCCGGAGAUGAGACGGCAGCGCUGCAGAGUGUCCUGGAGAGCGACACGCUGAGGGAGGGGCUGCUGGGAGAGGAGAAGACACUCAACGCUCGCAUCGCCAAUGGAAUGGCUGAUGGGACGGAGAGCGUUCGACUGUCAGAGAUCUACGGCAAGCUGGAGGAGAUUGAGGCCGACAAAGCUCCAGCAAGAGCCUCCGUCAUUCUGGCUGGUCUCGGAUUCUCUCCCAAAAUGCAACAGCAGACCACCAAGGAGUUUUCAGGAGGGUGGAGGAUGAGGUUGGCGUUGGCUCGUGCUCUCUUUGCUCGACCGGACCUGCUGCUGCUGGACGAGCCGACCAACAUGUUGGAUGUCAGAGCCAUCCUGUGGUUGGAGAACUACCUGCAGACGUGGCAGUCCACCAUCUUGGUCGUCUCUCACGACAGAAACUUCCUCAACGCUGUGGUAACAGACAUCAUUCACCUGCACUCCCAGAGGCUGGACAGUUACCGCGGCGACUAUGAAAACUUUAUUAAAACCAAAGAAGACAGACUGAAGAACCAGCACAGAGAGUAUGAGGCCCAGCUGCAGUACAGACAACACAUACAGGUGUUCAUCGACAGAUUUCGUUACAACGCAAACAGAGCUGCUCAGGUCCAGAGCAAACUCAAACUGCUGGAGAAGCUACCUGAACUGAAGCCCUUAGAGAAAGAAACUGAGGUCACUUUAAGGUUUCCAGAUAACUUUGAGAAGUUGUCUCCUCCCAUCCUGCAGCUGGAUGAAGUGGAGUUUUAUUACACUGCAGAUCAGCGGCUCUUUUCCGGACUCAACCUGUCAGCUGACCUCGACUCCCGCAUCUGCAUCGUUGGUGAAAAUGGUGCUGGUAAAUCGACCAUCCUCAAACUACUAAUGGGCGAGUUGACGCCAGUCAACGGAGUCAGACAAGCUCACAGGAGCUUAAAGAUCGGUUACUUCAGUCAGCAUCACGUGGACCAGCUGGACCUGAACGUCUGCUCUGUGGAGCUGCUGCUCAACAGGUUCCCCGGUCGGACAGAGGAGGAGUAUCGGCACCAGCUGGGAGGUUACGGUAUCACCGGAGAGCUCGCCACGAGGCCUGUGGCCAGUCUGUCUGGAGGACAAAAGAGUCGAGUGGCCUUCGCACAGAUGACCAUGCCAUGUCCAAACUUCUACAUCUUGGACGAGCCGACCAAUCACCUGGACAUGGAGACCAUCGAGGCUCUGGCCAAAGCUCUAAACAAGUUCAAGGGCGGGGUCAUCCUGGUGUCCCACGACGAGCGUCUGAUCCGGUUGGUGUGUAAGGAGCUGUGGGUGUGUGAAACUGGGAAAGUUCGACGCAUCGAUGGCGGUUUUGACGAGUACCGAGACAUCUUGCACGAGCAGUUCAAGAAGGAGGGUUACCUGUGAGGCCCCACCCACUGCUGACAGACCCGCCCACCACUAACAUAAACCCCACCCCUGCCAUAACAACACCUGUCAUAGCAGCCGGCUGACCGUCAGAGCAGACUGGAGGACGUUUUCUUCUCUGAACUGUCUCUAUCCUGCUUCAGUUGAUGAUGGGCUGCAAGCUGAUUGGUCGUUCACCUAAUGAGGUCACAGUGAACUCUGGAGGAGGAGGAGUCAUCAUGAACGAUUUGGAGUUUAUUUAAAGUUAAACAGCCGUCUGUCGUCACUUCAAACCUGGUGUUGUUUUGUAUCAUCGAGUCGUGGAGCUUUUCUCAGAUUAAAGGACUCAAACGUUAAACAAACGUUAUAUUAACAUUCAGAGACAAAUAAAAACCAUCAGAUCACA